CUCGGGACACUAAGUACAUCCUUUUAAAAGCUCUAUUUCAUAUGUUAGCGUAUAUAGAUAAUAGGUAGCUAGUUCAAAAAUCCAAGAUAACAUUAUAUCGAAGCAGCGAGAAUGACGGCAGAUCAAAACGCUAAACAAAUCCUUUGGAUUAAUGGUCGGUUGGCUACAUGCGAUCCAAAACAUACCGCACCAUACGGUGCUAUUCUAGGGCACGCAAUACACACCAAAGGUAGUAUUAUUUUAGCAAUCAUCCCACAAACCGAUAUAGUGAGUAUUAUGAAUGAGAACGUCGAGGUGAGAGAUUUGAAUGGUGCUUGGGUUACCCCAGGGUUUAUUGAUAGCCACACGCAUCUGGUGUAUGGUGGCAACAGGGCGCAGGAAUGGGAGAAGCGACUAAAUGGUGUGCCGUAUGAACAAAUUGCUGCCGAAGGUGGGGGCAUCGUCUCUACUGUGAAAGCAACGAGAGAGCUAUCUCUGGAAGACCUGGUCGCGCAGAGUAGCAAACGUCUAGAAGCCUUGAUUGCCGAAGGAGUAACAACCGUAGAAAUUAAGUCAGGCUAUGGACUUAAUCUAGAAGACGAGCUGAAGCAACUCACUGCAGCCAAGCAACUGAGUGAAUCCUAUCCCGUAGAGGUAGCAAGCACGUGUCUCUCGGCACACGCAGUCCCACCCGAGUUCAAAGGACGGACAGAUGAGUACAUUGACGAAGUUGUAAACACUAUCAUCCCAGCAUGUGCUAAAGCGGGCUUGUGUGAAGCAGUUGAUGUGUUCUGUGAGAGUGUGGGGUUCUCCAGGGAACAGUGCAGGCGGGUCUUUGAGUGUGCAAAAGCCCACGGACUGAAGGUCAAGGGUCAUGUAGAGCAACUCACCAAUCAGCAUGGCGCUGAGCUCGUAGCUGAGUACAAAGGGUUGUCGUGCGAUCACAUUGAAUAUCUCGACGAGGCUGGUGUCAAGGCUAUGGCCGAAUCUGGCACAGUGGCCGUGCUAUCUCCUGGCGCGUACUAUUUUCUCAGAGAGACGCAGAAACCACCAAUCGACACACUGCGUGCACACGGUGUAAACUUGGCCGUUGCCACGGACCUAAAUCCUGGUACGAGCCCCUCGGCCUCCAUUCGCAUGGCGAUGAACAUGGCCUGUGUGUUGUUUGGGCUGACACCGGAAGAGUCCGUCUUUGGCGUGACGCGCAAUGCGGCGAAAGCAUUGGGACGUGGAGAAACGCACGGUAUGCUCAAGGAAGGCUAUGUAGCCGAUUUGCUUAUCUGGAAUGUGGACCACCCCUCUCAGUUGGCGUACAGUGUGGGCACUGUUGGCGAGCUGAAAGCGCGUGUAUACCGGGGUGUAGACAACAGCGCGAAACCCGUCGCGUCAUACCCCGGGUUCUCAUGAGCCUACUAGGCCAAAAUGAAGCUUUUGGGCCAGCGUCAGUGUUUUUCUAGGCUCGUAGCUGUGUUCUUAUGGUGUUGUAAAGCUCACAAUCGUAGAUUUCACUUCAAAGUAUUCGGAAACGCCUAUGCCACUUGAGAAGACCAAGUGGCACGCACCUCUAGAUCAAUUCCUCAUCUGCAUAUGUCUGGGUGAAUCGGUUUUUAGUUGCUUGAACGAUCAGAGUAUGUCUCUGGUAUGUUGCUGUAAGAAAGUUAGUUUUUUUGUAUGGGGUGCAGCCCUCAAACUCGUUUACCUAGUCGAUGCAAAAUUCGGGCUGAGUCGAUGGACUUCUACUCUGGCCGUGUGCAAUAACCAAAUAGAACGAAAAAGUGGUUCAUUUAUGUCACGAUCUACCACCGCCCAUCCUCCCUGUACCUAGCUGCGUAGAGGCGAAUGUGUGUUGUUUCAUCUACUACUUCGAACAAGGAAGUAUGAAAGAUAAAUAAAAACUUUUCAAAAUUUCUGU